AUGGCUGGGUCACUUCUUUGGGCGGGAAUAAGGAACGUAUUGCUUAUGCAGAUGCGUGGCUUAUCAGACCAGUUGGGUGAAUUUGGAAAAGGUGCUGGAGAGGGCGGUGGAAGAGGUGGAUCCAUAAGGGAGGCUGGUGGAGCCUUCGGCAAACAUCAGGCUGCUGAGAAGGGAAGAUAUUUCAGGCAAAAAGAGCAGGAACAAAUCGCUUCACUGAGGAAGCACUAUGAGGAAGAGAUCCAUCAUUACAAAUUGGAGAUUGAGCGUCUGCAGUAGGAAAUUGAACGGCACAAGAGCAAGAUCAAAAGGCUGAAAGACGACGAUUAAAUGUAAUCACUUUAGCACCACUUUGUAAGCCGUCUCUGUGUUUGAGCACCAUUGUUAACAAAAUGAGAAUGACCUUGUGUGAGAUCCUGUUCAGAUAU